UAAGGGUAACUCAAAAAUAUUAAAUCAAUAUUUAUAAAAUAACCUUACGCAGUCAAAGUGUUUUACAAUUGAAAUAAAUAAAUAAUAAUUAAAAUGGUGAUAAUUACAAUAGAUCUUAUACGCAAACGUUCUGAACACAAUGAAGGCGAAAUUUCGACUUUAGAAGAAAUAACUCUUCAUCAAGAAAAUAUUGAAAAAAUAGAAGUUAUCGACAAAAUUUGUCGUAAUUUAAAAAUCCUUUUAAUGCAAAAUAAUAUAAUAAGUAAAAUUGAAAAUUUAAAUAUGUUAAAAAAACUUGAAUAUUUAAAUUUAGCGCUUAAUAAUAUUGAAGUAAUUGAAAAUCUUGAAGGACUUGAGAGUUUAAAUAAAUUAGAUCUAACUGUUAAUUUUAUUGGCGAUUUACAAAGUGUUAAAAAAUUGAGAUGUAAUGAAAAUUUGAAACAACUAUUUUUAACCGGAAAUCCUUGUACAGAAUACUUUGGUUACCGCGAUUACGUAAUAGCGACACUACCGCAAUUAAAAGAACUCGACAUGACAGAAAUAACACGAUCCGAUCGGAUUAAAGCACUCCAAAGGUACGCGGAAAUUGAAGGAGACGUCAUUAGAGGCUAUUGGGAUUACUCUAAAAUUAGAAAAAAACAAAUAGAACGUUUUAAUCAGCGAGAAAAAUUGACAAUUACGGAAAUAAAUGAAAGCUCUGACGCUGAUGAGGAGGCUGAAAAUUCAAAGUUUUGGAAUAGCAAGAGCUAUCACACGCCAGAAGAUCGGAUCGCGAUUGCCGAAAAAACUAUUGAAAUAGCGGAGAAGAAAAGUGGAAAAAAAAAUGAGAGAUCGGAUAAAACUAAAUUCGUUCCGAAAUUGUUUAAUCCUGAAGGCAGAGCUUAUAAUAUCAAUCAAGCUAAAGUUUCUUUUACUUUGAACGAUGAUGAUCGUGACAACAUUAUUCUUGAAGUCAUUUUGUACAAACAUCUAGAUACGUCAUACGUAGAAGCUGAUGUCCAACCAACUUACGUACAAGUAACAAUAAAGGGAAAAAUUCUCCAACUAUCACUUCCGUGUGAAAUAUCAACAGACUCAAGUGUCGCAAAAAUAAAUGUCGCAACAGGUAAUUUAUUAAUAACUAUGCCACGUUUAACCCCUUUGCCAUCUGUGGUAAAACCCGAAAGUUACGCAACUAAAACAACUUGCAAAAUUGAUAGUAAUCGUAACAAACCAACCAAGAUCGUAAGAUCUACACCUGUUAUAACUAAACGAGAGUUAUUGGAAAUCGGGCCAAGAAAUAACGACAUGGAUUUUUCUAAAAUUUAUAAAUCACCAGAGUUUAAAAAAGACUCGAAUAAUUUUAAAAAUAAAAAGUCUGCCGACUUCAUAGACAAUCCCGAUGUUCCUCCAUUAGAGUAAAUAAAAUAAUUUUUAAAGUCUUACCUUAAAAGGAUCUUGGAAAUCAAUGUCUUUAGUUUCUUUUAAUCCCAAUGGGAUCAUCGGCAUGACUGGCUCUUGUCUGUAAAGUAAAUAAUUUAUAUAAAAAUUUAUACCAAAAAUUUUAUUUAGUUUCCAAUUUUUAAAGUUCAAGCCAAUAAAAGAUUUAAAAAUUUUUAACGACCGAUAAAUCAUCGCCCGGUCCCGUAUGUUCGACUUCCCGUUACAAAAUACGCCAGCAAAUUGACACGAAAUGUAUCAGCAGAUAAAAAAAUUCUUUGGUUAAAAAAAAUUUAAUUAACAUUGGACUUGAAAAAUAUUUUAUACCAACAAAUUUAUUAUUUAAUUGAUGUAA